AUGCCCGGCUCGAGAAGAUGCUACAAGUCGCGUUGUACCCGGAAAACGACAGAAUGGUACUGCGACCGCCAUCGGUGCCGAGAAACCUCAUGCCAACAGAUGAGGACUCGACAUGGGGGAUUCUGCGUCAACCACACUCGCUGCCUUAAGACCGACUGCCAAACGCCACGCUACUACCCCGACGACGAAUCCUAUCCCUUCUGCGAAGAGCACUACUGGACAUGCAAGAAGUUGGAUUGCUACAAGAUUAUAUAUGAUAUGGUAGAUGGAUCGUCCUACUGCGAAGACCACACAUGCAAAGCCGAGGGCUGUUCGGAGCUGCGGCCUUCCGGACGUGAGGCCACUGGCCUCUGUCCCAACCAUCGUUGUCACGUUUCCGGCUGUGCCGAGCUCGGAGCGGAUUGCCCGAAAGGCAUCUCUUAUUGUCAUGUCCAUGGCUGUAGCCGGCAUGGGUGCAUCAAUAUUUCCAUGGUGGCUCAGAACGCUGGGUACACGUCCCCCUUUUGUCGAGACCACUACUGCCGCACAGCAGGAUGUAAGGAGCCAAACGACAAUGGUCUCAAGUACUGUACCACCCACCGUUGCGAGAUGGAUGGCUGCUCGAGGGCUUCGUCUUGGACCCAGGGCGGGGGCGAGGGCCCUCCCUACUUCAAGGACCACUGCUGCUAUGCCCCAGGGUGCAUGUACUCUCGGGAAAACGCCCGUUCAUAUUGUAGUUCGCACGCAAUCUGUGGAAAGACGAAAUGCCUCAACCUCAAGAACCCCAACACGGAUCGAUUCUGCAGUGCUCACGCCAACUCUUGCAUCAGGCCAGAGUGCCGGAGCGAGAGACAUGAAUAUGGCUACUGGGAGGAUUACAUUAGCAGAUAUCACACAUUCUGGCCGGAUGAGUGGUCGAGCAGAUGGGUUGUCACUGCGGACUGUGAGUAUUGCCGCAAGCACAUUUACCAGGCUGAUAACUGCACCGAAGGCCCGCAGAGUGAUAAGGGCCGGGCUUACUGUGCAAGUCAUCAGCGAUGCAGCAAGAAAGACUGCCAGGGUAGCUGCUCAGUGACGGAACGGUUCUGCCAACUGCAUGUGGCCACAUGCUACCUGGCAGAGUGUCCCUAUGCCCUGUCAGAAGACGCCCCUGUCUAUUGCCGUCUGCAUACUUGUCAAGCCAAUGCUUGCGUUAAGCCCAAAGAGUCCAAGACUGGCGUAUAUUGUGCGAACCACCGUGUCUGCAAGCUUCAAGGAUGCGAAGCGGUCUGCUGGAGACCUGUCAAAGCUUGUGAUGAGCACCGUUGCCGCGCCCAGGACUGUCUUGACGCGGUGUGCGGUAUUGAGUCAGACUACUGCAAAUCACAUGUAUGCCUCACGGAGGCAUGUUACGAUGCCCGACACAGCGUUUUCGACGCCAGUGUCACGCACUCCUAUUGUGCUAAUCAUCGUCCACGUCCGGCACUUCCAAUUCGCCAAUCUGCUGGCCAAAGAGGCAAGCAUCGCAGCCACAACCAAAAUCAUGAUGCAUAUCCCGGAAUGGUCAAUGCUACGCAACCACAGGCAGUCACUCAAUCUAGCAGCGACGUCUUACCUCCUGACACAUCUAACCACGAUCAUUCUCAGUCCGCAGGUAAUUACUCCUUAUCCCCUGACAUGUCCAACCAAGAAUAUUCGCAAUCCGCAGAAGCUCCCUGCACUUAUGGAUAUGACAACUGUCCACCUAGCUACACUUGGGAAGGGCAGAAUAGUGCACACGACACCGUGCCAAGGAGUGAGGAAUGCAAUCUUCAACAGACUGCCAUAUGCUUUCGGUUUUUUAAUAUUACUAUUUAUACUUGUAUAUUUUCACUACGACCUUAUGACGCGUCUCGUUUUGACGACUUUCCGCCUUCCAUCAGUACAGAGAACGAUGAUUCGACUCUGGUGUUGAAGGGACUGGUUGUUGAUCCAGUUCAGAAAGUCGGCGAGAAAGCGCCAGAUUGGAAGGGCCAAGACAGCAGCAAGUGGCCAGACUCAUUAAUUCGGCUCGACACAUCUGAAAGGCUUCAAAAUCCUUUAAGCACUUGGGCCGCUUGA